AUGGAACUCCCGGCCUCACUGGCUGGUAUAUCUACAACAAAUGUUAUAUCAAGCACAUUGCCGGUCUCAUUGGAUAUUACACAAGCAGCACCACUUCAGUCUUCCGUGCCCCUUGUGAACAGUCCAGCUUUUGUCACGCUAGGAAGCCAACGCACAGGAAACUUUUGGCAAACAGACACGACUACCAGAAUGUCAGACAUGCUUGGACAAGGGACGAACACGUUCGUUGCAUCCGUACCACAGGGCAUAUCCACUAGGUCCGGUUCCACUAACAAUGCCCUUCUAUCCAGUGUGUCGGAAAGAACUGUGGAGGCACUGGCUCCAGUUUUCGACCAAUCCGCAACUCAAUCCCAACAGUUUUUCCGGCCUAUGGUCUACGGCUCCUCAGACAGCCUCUUGCAAAAUGGACUAGUGGAUGAUCCCACGAACACCAUCAGUACAACAAGCCUGCCAUCAACAUCUUCUCUACCAACUACAUUUGUUCGACAGAAUAUCCUCUCUGGUAUACGAACUAUGGCAGGAACCAGUGUACUUCCUGAUGCAACCAGAUCCGUGUCAGUAACAACUCCCUCAAUCACGUUGAAAACUGUAAGAACAUCGGUUCUGCCUCCUAUUGUUAGCACGUAUUCCACGAACCGUUUAUUACCUCAACCCGGAUCAUUCUACAUCAUCCCCAGAGCAAUCCCGGGUACCCGACAAUCGAAAAAAAUAGGAAAUACCGGAAAGUAUGUAUUUCCAAAAUACGAUAAAAAACAUGUGCUAUCAGAAUACGACGAUUUUGAUGACUGGCUCCGCUUCCCACUACCCGAUUUUGAGAACCACUUCCGCCGUCGUAUCACUUACCUUCGGCGCUUCAGACCUGCUCACAAGUGGCACAGAUCGAGAAAGAGACGUCUCUUUGGACACUCUGGCAGGCACCCGACUCAUGAAUACGAAAGGGUUCAUGGACGGUUGAGUGAACAAGUGGCGUGA